AGGCUCUAAGCUCAGUGAGAAACUGGAAACAGAUUUCAACUGAUGACAGCUGGGUUAGCCGUUUUUGGAGAGCAAACGAAAAUCGAUCCUUUAUGUAAUGGAUGUUCCUAAACAGCUCUAUCAAGUUCGUAAAGCUACUAAAGACGAUGUUCCGGAAAUUGCUAGACUUAUAAAGGGUUUGGCUGAAUAUCUGGGUGAAACUGACAGGCUGAAGAUAGGCGAGGCAGAACUAACACGAGAUGGUUUUGGAGAAAGACCGCUGUUUCAUUGCCUUGUUGCUGAAGAAUUAGUACCAAGAAUACCAGUGGAUGAACAGGAACAAAGAAACUCUAAACCAAUCCUUGGGAUUGCCAUAUAUUUCUUCACUUACUCUACAUGGGAGGGGUCCAUGCUGUAUUUAGAGGACCUCUUUGUCAUCCCUUUUGCAAGAGGUCAAGGUAUCGGGACAACCAUUAUGAAGGCACUUGCAAAGGUUGCCAAAGAGAACAACUGCUCUCGUGUUCAAUGGAUGUCACCCCAAGGUCGGCCAUCUGUCAACUUCUACCAUAAAUUAGGGGCUGAAUGUCUGGGUGAUUGGUUCAUAUUUCGCUUGGGACAACAGAAGCUUGAUGAAAUAACUUCUUGAAUUAAGAAUUUUAUUAAAUAUCACAAGUUCUUGUA